AUGAAGUCUCUUCAUCAAUUUGCUCUUUCGAGCCUAGCUUUUUCACUAUGUAGUUACAUAGCUAGGGGGUGGUCAAAUGAUCCAACUCAUGGCUUUAUAGAGCUCCCAUUUAAUUCAUCCUUUUAUCACAUUCAAAAACCCUACAACUUGCCUGUUGAACAAAGGUACAGCUUCAUCAAUGGAGUUCAUAAGUUAUGGGUGUUGUCUACAGACAAACCUUUAUCUCGAAAUAGCCCAACAAAACCUCGCUCUGAGAUAAUUAUAAGUGGAUACAACUACUCCUCUGGUGUAUGGCAAUUCGAAGCAUUUGGGUAUGUACCAUGUGGAACAUCCGGCGUCUGCGUCAUGCAAGUUUUCGGAGCAAGCCCACCUCAUGCCAGUACCCUAAUGCUCAGAGUUUACAAUGGCUCGCUCUCAUACUACAGGGAGCCUGUUAUUAUCCCAAAUGUAUAUGAUGAAUGGUUCAGAUUGAAUGUAAUUCAUGAUGUUGAGGCCAGUAGAGUAAAAGUUUACAUUAAUGGAAUUCUCAAAUAUGAAGCUCCUGGCCGUGGAGGAACCUCUCAUCAUUUCAAGUGUGGAGUUUAUGCACAGGAUGAUGAUUCCUACUAUAUGGAAUCUCGUUGGAAGGGGAUUAGGGUUCUUAAGAAGUGUGACUGA